GAUCGCGUCCAAGCGAUGCGUCGACGCCGCUGGAACUACUACAUUACCCGCAAGGCUGUGCGCUGUCAUACGUCAGCUGCAAUCACAGUUUGUAUCUCCAACAUGGCGUCGCUGGGAAGGAGGCGCGGUGUCCCAGUAAGCAGGGAGAGGGGAGUGAUGGCGGCGACAGACUGCUACAUUGUACACGAGAUCUACAACGGCGAGAAUGCGCAGGACCAGUUUGAGUAUGAGCUGGAGCAGGCACUGGAGGCCCAGUAUAAAUACAUUGUUAUUGAGCCCACACGGAUCGGAGAUGAGACGGCCCGUUGGAUUACAGUGGGCAACUGCCUGCACAAGACGGCUGUGUUGUCAGGUGCCGCUUGCCUCCUGACGCCACUUUCACUGCCCGCUGAAUACUCGCGCUACGUGGCGUUGCCUGCUGGCGCCCUCAGUGUUGCCUGUGCUGCCCUCUACGGGAUUUCAUGGCAGUUUGACCCCUGCUGCAAGUACCAGGUGGAAUAUGACAGCCAAAAACUCUCGCGGCUGCCCCUGCAUACGCUGACCUCCUCCACGCCCGUGGUAUUGGUACGCAGGGAUGACAUCCACAGAAAGAGACUCCAUAAUACGAUAGCACUGGCUGCCCUGGCGUAUUGCGCCAAGAAGAUCUACGAACUCUAUGCGGUAUGAGUGCGCUCUGAAGAGGAUUUAAGAACCCACGGAGAAAAAGGAAAAAACAAAGAAAAAAAAAACAGAACCUAUCCACCCCCAGAUGUAAGAGAAGGGGAAGUCAUGAUCAGGCCCAGCAGUUAGCUCCACACACACGUGGUGGGUGCUUCUAUUUUGAACUUUGAUCAGAGGGAUAUAGUUAAAACUAGAAGGAAUUGUUUUUUCCCUUACAUUUCCUUUACCUCUAUGUGACAACAACAGCACACUUGUCUCUGUAGUACCCUUGCGCCUCCUCCCCUGUGCCCUCCACCUGCAUCCUUGACACACAAGAAGCUCGUGCACAAGGGUAUGGCAGAAGUUCCUCUGGACUGAAUCGUGUUGCGGUUGAGACGGACAGACAUGUUUUUGAGUACCAAGCUCUUUACCCGUUCCCUCGUAGUUUUACUGUACCCCUUUCUUGCUGAUCAGUACAUCACCCUUUCAUUAAACAUUAGGAUAUUUUAAACUCA